AAAACAAAAAAUAUCUCUCCAGACAGCACAUCGAGACCAACCCUAAAGGUGAACAUCACACUCAGAAUUUUAAGUGAUUUCAUUUUGGGAUAUGAAAUGAUUAAUUCAACCGAAUCAAUAGAUUUCACCAAUCGCUUAACACCUCAGCUUGCGGUUCUCUGUAAACAAGCGGAUCCACGAAACUUUAAAGAUGUGAAAGUUGUUGCUCUCAAGAAUGGAAGCAUUAUUGCUGAGAGUGUGGCUCAAUACAACUAUCCUAACAACAACACAGAAAUCAUGUUCCUAAAUGAGGGUCUGAGGCACACAUUAGUGGCAAUUUUUAAUAACACAGAAAAUAUGAGAAACCUGAGUCAAGCCGUUGGAGCUGUCUCCAUUCAGGAGACCAGUAUCAUUCUGCAACCAUCAAAAAUAAAGAACAUUUCAGAUCUGGGGCCAUUCAUGUUCUGCUCACUGGAUUUUUCCAACUACACCUUGGAGAUAAUCAGUGGAGUCUGGCUGUGUUUGGGCCCCUGUAAAACACAGCCUGACUACUGUCACCAGCAUGGAGAGUGCUUUAACAUGAAGACUGGACCCACAUGUUUCUGUGAUGAGUCUCCACUAGUGCAGUACCAUGGCCAGCAGUGUGAGAUGUUCCAGUGGGGAGCAGGGUUCUACGGGCUACUGUUCGGCGUGCUGGGAGCCGUGCUGCUGCUCUUCAUCGCUCUCAUAGCGGUGGUACUGGUUCUGAGGAGGAGGAGGGGUCAACAAGAGUUCGGCAACGAUAGAAGGUUUCUGUUUCUAAAGGAAGAUUUUUUCAACUUUUCAAACACAGCCUUGAUCAACAGAGAUCCAGAGUCCACAGGACUGUCUGGGAGAGCUGGGAAGUACGACCUGGAUAACAGCCACACCUUGUCCGACACACCAAAUCCAGAAUCUUUCCGGCCUUCACCAGAAAACCCUUACAAAUCUUGAACAUUUGUAUUUUUUCUUUAUCAGACGAGGGUGAAGCAUCCAGAGGUGUUACCUUCAUGGACUGACCAAUAUCAAUAAGAGUCUCACUCUCUGUUCCUGUCUACUCUUUUUUUUCCAUUUUCUCCCAUUUUUUCCCCAAUUUUAGUUGUUAUACCAAUUCCCUGUGUGUAUCACACAGUCCUGGUCAAUGCGCUAUCCUGUGUCAGUCUGGGGAGGGUGUAGACUACCACAUGCCUCCUCUGUUACAUGUGGAGUCACCAGAGGCUUCUUUUCACCUGACAGCGAGGAGUUUCACUGGGAGAGCGUAUUGCGCACGGAGGUUCACGCUAUCUCCCCCAGAUCCCCUACCCACUGAACAGGCGCCCCGACAAACCAGUAGGAGUCGCUAAUGCAACGAUCAGGACUCAUACCCUCACCGGUUUCCCAUCCGUGAACACUGCCAAUUGUGUCGUAGGAAUGUCUGACCAAGCCGGAAGUACUGGGUCUCUGCGGUGGUAGGCGAGUGCUUAUACCUCUACACUACCCAGACGGCCCUGUCAUACUCUUUUAAGAGGGCGUUUGCAUCCUUAAUGCUGAGUGAUUCCUGCUUUCUGACUGAGGACCAUUGAUUACUGUACUAAACCAGCGUUACUUUAUUUCCAUUGCAUACAAAACAAUGCAAAAGGAGGUGCUCAAGGAACUUCACACUGCCAGACCCACCAGGCUUAUCUGAGAGGCACAUCUGGCCCAAAUAUGUGACACAUAUGUCCCAAAUAUGUCUCCGGUUUCAGAUCAGUAAUACUCUCUCAGGUUUCAGAUCAGUAAUACUCUCUCAGGUUUCAGAUCAGUACUACUCUCUCAGGUUUCUGAUUGGUAAUACUCUCUCAGGUUUCAGAUUGGUAAUACUCUCUCAGGUUUCAGAUUGGUAAUACUCUCUCAGGUUUCAGAUCAGUACUACUCUCUCAGUUUUAUGAUUGGUAAUACUCUCUCAGGUUUCAGAUUGGUAUUACUCUCUCAAGUUUCAUAUCAGUACUACUCUCUCAGGUUUCAGAUCAGUAAUACUCUCUCCAGUUUCAGAUUGGUAAUACUCUCUCAGGUUUCAGAUCAGUACUACCUCUCUCAGGUUUCAGAUCAUUAAUACUUUCAAGUUUCAGGUACAUACUCUCCUAGGUUUCUCUCAACCCCCAGCCCCCCAAAAUAAAUUAAUAAUAAUAAUUAACCAGUAAAAAAAAGUGGUUAUUUAAAUGUAAAAGCCUGAAUUAUUUGGACUUUUGUACAAUUUCUUCAUAAGUUAUUGUUGCUUUGUGACCACCUUUCUGAGUCAUAACAGUUGUUUUCUUUAAAUUAACAGAACUAAAUUAACAACACAAUUAACAAUGCAACCUUGAAAUUAAAUCCAAACUGAUAUUGUUUAUUGAUUUAAUCUUCCUACAAAACAAUAAUGGAAAGAACCUGUGUUUGCCUCUUGUCUUGUGUGCCCAAUUGCAUUGGCCUAAUGUUCCUACUGUCCUUAAAAUUUAGGAAGAGAUGUAUUUUAUAGUGUAAGUAUGAUCUACUAUUUCACCAAUUAAUUUUAAACUUUUUAAACACAACAUACAAAAAGUUUGUUUAAUAUUUCUUUGUUGUUUAUAUUUACGUUGACAAUGACUUGUUCAUACAGAAAUUGUUAGACUACCACGGAUUGUGCUGUGAUUCAAAUGUCUACCGAAUUGAGUCACUCAGACUCAAAGACUGAUAUGGGAUAUGUGUUCAAAAUAUCCAAAUGGUUUUGAGUACUGAUGCCAAUAUUUGCCAUGCACAAGUCUGGCACAAAUUCAGACAAUGAAGAUUCUUGAAAAAAUAUGAUAACCUUCAUGAAGAAUACCGAAGAUUUUGAGGAGUUGCAUGUUGCCUAGGGCCUCCAUGGCAGUACAGACCCUAUUUCCUUUUAUUUCAUUUUUUUUUCUUGGACAAAUAUAUAGUCUGUUGUCUUAAAUGUCACCAGCAGAGGUCAUGCUUUUGCAAACUAUAUCGUGAACCACUUGGUUUCCACUGAGCUGCUCAUUGAGAGGAAG